AUGCGUGCCUGCAAGCUUUACGCCAUUCCAGAAAUACUAUUACUCUCCAGGCAUAUGCCCUUCGGGAUACUAUUACGCAUUGGUUUUACCUGUCGCACCGGCGUAAAUCGUGCCACCGACCCAUUCGCGUGCGCGUCAACGUACACGAGCGACACUUACGUCUCGGUGAUGUUUUACAAGUUUACCUCCGCAUCUGGCUUACCGGACUCCGUCAACACCAGCUCGACGACGACGACGUUCAUGGUCCAGGGGACCGAGGGAUAUUAUAUCGAGGCCAACGGCCCUGUGGUCCGAAGAUCAGACGGGGACCCGGAGUGGAGCACCACGAGUUUGACAACCACCGAUACGAGGAGCAUCAACGGGCAGACCGGCACCGGCACUUCCAACCUUCCCACCUCGACCUCCGAGCCCGCGAGCCCUGGCGGCGGCCUCAGCGUCGGCGCAAGUGCGGGAAUUGGCGUGGGCGUGGCCAUCGGGUGCAUCAUCUUCAUUUCCUGCAUCGUCGCGGCGUACAUAAUAGGCAAGCGGAGGAGGAAAGCCGCGGCGCAGGGCCCAGACGGCCCGAAAAGUCCUCCAUACAGGGACGGCAUACCGGUGCAGGGUCAGUCAACGGAACUGACUGGUUCAGAGUAUAAACCACGGGAGCUACCGGGCGGCGGCCAUCAGCAGGUCCCGGAGAUGGACGGCCACGGGCAUAGGAGUGAGAUGGACGCGAACAACCAUCCGAUCGAGCUUCAGGCGUCUGAAGGCCACGGCCUAUGCAGAUGA